UUUGUAUUAAAUCUGUGAAAUCAUUGUUUUAAUUUCUUAAUUCUGUGCAACGUGAAGAAAAUAAGAUUUGAAUGCUAAAAAUAUGUCUAACAACGAUGAAUUGAUAGCACAAUUUAUUGAAAUAAGCGGUGGAGAUGAAAAUAUCGCCAGAUUUUAUUUAGCAAGUUCCAAUUGGUCGCUAGAGGAUGCACUUUCCAAUUUUCUUGGCAAUCAAGUUGAUGGAGAGGGUGUAAACGAUGAACAACCAACUGAACGAAAUUCAGGUGGAGCGAAUAUUGAACCAGCACCUACAAAUUCAAGUAGUCGGGUGCGAUCAGAAACCGGUGCCGCAGACAGUUUUACUAAGAAAAGCUCAGAUAAGCCAAAAGUAGCAACACUAAAUGAUAUGACAAAGCGUACAUCUAAUGAGGAAGAGGGACAAGCGUUCUAUGCUGGUGGUUCCGAACGUUCAGGCCAGCAAGUUUUAGGACCACCAAAACGUAAGAAUUUCCGCGAACAGUUAACUGACAUGUUUCGAAUGGCACAAGAACACAACACCGGCGAAUCUGCUAGUACUUCAACCGGUCAAUCAACUGGCGCUGUACAAUGGGGUCAAGGUGUACGGUUGGGCAUGACCGAUACAGACCAUUCUGUCGUAGGUUCGCAGCAGGAUGAUGCUAAUGCAACGGGAGAGAAGAGACCUAUUGUUGUGCUGAAAUUAUGGAGCCAAGGUUUCUCCAUUGAUGAUGGUGAACUACGUCUAUAUGAUGAUCCCGAAAAUAAAGAGUUCUUAGAAACUGUCAUGCGCGGUGAAAUACCUCAUGAAUUAUUUGAAAUGGGAUGGGUUGUUAAUGUUGACGUGGAGGAUCAUCGCCACGAGGAUUAUAAAAGGAAGACAGUCCCACCUAAAUUUAAAGGUUCCGGUCACACAUUGGGAAGUCCCACACCAAACGUUGAGGGAGCAGCAUCAACAGCACCAGCUUCAAAUACUGCAAAACCAACAACAGCUGUUAAUGUUAAAGAGGAUGAAAGCGCCGCUAAAGCAAACCUUAAGAUUGAUUCUUCUCAGCCAACAACGACGUUACAAAUACGUCUAGCCGACGGUUCUCGUUUAACCGCCCAAUUCAAUCUCAAUCACACAGUUGCUGAUAUACAUCGCUACAUAACUAAUGCCAGACCACAAUAUGCGGAGGGUAAUUUUAGGUUAGUGUCCUCAUUCCCAACCCGUGAACUUACGGAUGAAGCUGCAACGAUUGAAUUAGCUGGUCUAAAGAAUGCGUCAAUAAUGCAGCGACUGAACUAAAUUGUAAACCCUACAUAUAUACCCACUGAAUACAAUUUUUUCAACUUAUUGAUAAAAAUAACAUUAAUGUAAUAAAAUGCAACUACAUAAA